AUGUGCGAGGCAGGGCUGAUGGCACCGGAGCCCUCCGGCCCCACGCAGUACUAUGGGGAGUCAUCUGACACCUACUACCACGAGGACCGCUGGCAGAGGCUGCGCACGGCUGUCCGCAAGCUGGAGUUCUGGGAGAACUUCAACGCCGAGCUGAUAGGCAGCGGCUUCUUCUCCAAGGUCUACAAGGUGACUCAGGCUUCUGCUUGUAAAGUGAUGGUGGUGAAGAUCUACAAGAAUGAUGUGGACCAAGAAGUGAUUGUGCGUGAGAUCAGCCUGCUGCAGAAGCUGUCCCACCCCAACAUUGUCAGGUACCUUGGGAUAUGUGUGAAGGAUGAGAAGCUGUACCCCAUUCUGGAGUACGUGAAUGGGGGUUGCCUGGAGGAGCUCCUGGCCAACAAAGACAUUGCUUUGACAUGGAAGGAAAAAGUGGACUUAGCUUCUGACAUCACCAGAGGCAUGAUCUACCUGCACUCCAAGAACAUCUACCACCGAGAUCUCAACUCCAAG